AUGGUGAAUAAAGUGUACAAAGUAAGUUCUGUUAAAGAAAAGAAAAUGGGUAGCAAACACAACCAGAUACUUAUGUCUAUUGUUGUGUGUCUGCCAAUCUUCGCAUACGGGACAGCCAUGGGUUGGAUCUCUCCAAACAAAGCAAUACUCAUGAGCGAAGAUUCUCCAUCAGAUUCGCCCUUGUCCGAGGAAGUUGUUUCGUGGAUGGCGUCCAUUAUGUUUAUAUUCGCGCCAGUUGCUGUUUUCGUAUUUGGGAUGGCCGCUGACAAGUUUGGGAGAAAAAAUGCAUUGUUAUUCGCAUCUGUACCUAUUUCGCUCGGCUGGGCCGUUAAACUAAUUUGCGCUCAUCCGAUCGCUUUGAUCGGUGCACGAGCGCUGAUUGGCUUUGGUUCUGGAGGUGGCUUCGUAGUGUGUCCUCUCUACGUGAAGGAAAUCAGCGAAGACAGCAUCAGAGGGAUGACAGGGACCUUUGUUAUAUUCUCGCAGACAGCCGGGAACCUCUUAGUUUUCAUAUUAGGAGACCUCCUGCCAUUCAACACAGUACUCUGGAUUCUUCUCGCGAUUCCUCUUAUACACUUCUGCAUAUUGCUCCGACUGCCUGAGACGCCUUCAUAUUUGAUCAAGUGUGGUAGGAAUGAGGACACAGCCAAAGUUUUAGGUUGGCUCCGUUCUUUACCUGCUAAUGAUAAGUCCAUUUCUGAAGAAGUGGACAGACUUAUCGUUGAACAAACAACCAGCGAUCCUAAGUUUUCUCCUACCCUAUUAUUCGCCGACAAAACUGCAGUAAAGGCAUUCUGGGUGGCCCUCAUCGUGAACCUUACCAGGGAGUUCUGCGGCUGUAUAGCAGUUCUGGUCUACGCUAGUCACAUCUUCGCAGAGGCAGGCAAAGAUCCAAGCACCAGCAUAGCAUUGACGCCAAACAAGCAAUCCAUAUUGCUGGCUGCUGUACAGAUUUUUGGUUCAUUUUUGGCGUGUCAGCUUGUCGACCGGGCAGGAAGAAAACCUCUCCUAGCUGUGACAAGUGUGUUAGCAGGAUUCAGCAUGUGUUUCCUUGGCAUAUGGUUCUACCUUCAGAGCAUUGAAGUGUUCCUACCUGGUUGGAUGCCCAUCGUAGCGUUGUGUAUCUGCAUAUUUGCUGACGCUUCAGGCCUACAGCCACUACCGUUCGUUAUCAUGACUGAGAUGUUUAGUUUCCAGCUCCGAGGAACUGUAGCUACCCUCGUCAUGGCGAUUUCCCUCGGAACCGACUUCGCUCUCCUCAAGCUUUUUGCACCACUUAAUUCCUGGAUAGGUUAUCAUUCAACCUUUUGGAUAUUCAGUUUCAUAUGCCUCGCUAAUGUAUUUUACCUCAUUUUCUUCGUUCCCGAGACAAAAAUGCGAAACCUUGAAGAUAUCUACGCAGACCUAGAAGGGAGGAGAAGAAAAAAGAAAAAUACAGAAAUAGUUGAAACUAACCAUGUAUAA